CUGAAAUCGUCGGUCGAUGAGCGCGGAAGUGCCGAAAAACAAGACAAUAAUUUAGACCGGAGAAGGCACAGGUCGCGAAUUGUUUGAAUGGCUUUGGCGUCGGGUAUGGCUACAUUCACAGCAGUGCAUACGUUUACGUCAAUGUGUAUGUGUGGGUGAAGUAGAAGAGUAGACGUCUCAGACGAAGAAGUGGAAAUAGUAAAAUCGAAAGGCCAAGAAAAGAAAUCAACACAGCAGCACUAACACUAACAAAGAAGCAACGUGUUCUUUUUUUUGUUGUGAAUGCGAAAUUGGAGUUUCUGUUGCUUUUCGCCGUCUUUUUGUCUCGACUCUCGUCGUACUGGAGCAAAUUCGCGUCGCGUGUUUUGUGUUGUAAAUCUCAGUUGAAACCUGCAUGAAUAUUAGUUGGUAAUUGUAAAUGUUAACAGACUCCAAAAAAUUAGCAUCUAUCAAGAACAUUCAGCGUGAUGAGAAACCCUACAAAAUAUAACACUUAACAUACUAUAACAGUAAUCUAGUAAAACAAAGAACUAAAAAGAAAGUUACAAAGAACUUGUCAAAAUGACAAUAACAUACACAGGUGAAGUAGCCACUUGCCGUGGCUUUGGCUGUUUUCUCAAACUACUUCUCAGAUGGCGAGGAAGUAUUUACAAAUUGGUUUGGCUGGAUCUUCUAGCAUUUCUUACAUUGUAUUAUGUACUCAAUUUGGUCUAUCGAUUUGCGUUAAACGCCGAUCAGAAGCAAACUUUCGAAGAGAUUGUGGCCUAUUGUAAUAGUCAACGUGAGCUCAUUCCGCUCUCAUUUGUGUUAGGUUUCUAUGUAUCAAUUGUGAUGACGCGCUGGUGGAAUCAGUACACAUCUAUUCCCUGGCCUGAUCCCAUUGCAGUCUUCGUCAGCUCUAAUGUGCAUGGCCAGGAUGAACGUGGUCGUGUUAUGAGACGUACAAUCAUGCGAUAUGUGUGCCUAUGCCUGACCAUGGUUUUGGCCAAUGUAUCGCCCCGUGUUAAAAAGCGUUUUCCGGGACUAAACAAUCUCGUGGAAGCGGGUUUACUAAAUGAAAACGAGCGCACAAUUAUUGAGACAAUGAACAAAUCGUUUCCACGACCCUCAAAGCACUGGCUACCCAUUGUAUGGGCUGCCAGCAUCAUUACCAGAGCUCGAAAAGAGGGUCGUAUUAGGGACGAUUUUGCUGUUAAGACUAUCAUUGAUGAACUGAACAAGUUCCGGGGUCAGUGUGGUCUGCUAAUAAGUUACGACACCAUCAGUGUGCCUUUGGUUUACACCCAAGUGGUUACUCUGGCGGUCUACUCCUAUUUCUUGACCUGCUGCAUGGGUCAGCAAUGGACCGAUGGAAAGGUCGCUGGCACAGCAGGAUUUUUGAACAAAGUCGAUUUGUACUUUCCAGUAUUCACCACUCUCCAGUUCUUCUUCUAUAUGGGAUGGCUGAAAGUGGCCGAGUCUCUAAUCAAUCCCUUCGGCGAAGACGAUGACGAUUUCGAGGUAAACUGGAUGGUGGAUCGAAAUCUACAGGUCUCCUAUCUGAUUGUGGAUGAAAUGCACCACGAUCAUCCGGAACUGCUCAAAGAUCAGUAUUGGGAUGAGGUGUUCCCCAAUGAACUACCAUAUACGAUUGCCGCCGAACGGUUUCGUGAAAAUCAUCCAGAGCCUUCAACCGCCAAAAUCGAGGUGCCCAAAACAGCGGCAAUGCCCUCGACAAUGUCCUCAGUGCGCAUUGAUGAAAUGGUUGGUAAUAAUGGCACCAGUAGCAUGGCUGCGCCAAAGCCGCUUGCCGAUGAGCAGCAAGGCGCACCCCUGCAGACAGUUACUUAUGACCUUUCCAAGGGGGCGCCAGACGAGGAGGCAGACGAUGCCAGCGGCAUUCAUUUCUCGGCUGGCAAUGGUAAAAUGCGUUUGGGCCUGGGAUCCUCGCCCAGUUUGGUUAGCGUAUCUGGUACAUUGUCUCGGGUAAAUACAGUGGCUUCGGCGCUUAAGCGAUUCCUUAGUCGAGACGACAGCCGUCCUGGUUCCGCAACUCCCAAUGACGAUCCGAACAAGUAUCGUUUUCCGACCAGCGCUAGUUCGGCCAGUUUAACAGGCGGUGUCACCGCUGCUGCUGGAGUUAAGCCUACAGGCAGUAUGCGAAUAACGGACCAGGUCAUUGAGGAGGUGGACGAACAGGCCACCAUUACAUCAAUGCGUCCAACAGAGCCACGUCCCAAUGUAAUGGACUUAUUCUCACAACCCAUUGGACAAACCCAAUCAAUUCCGUUACAACCCCCUCUGCCGGCCGCAUCAACGAUUCCACCCGCAACACAAGUGCGCUCCCAACCCAUGGAUAUACCAAGGCGUUCACCUACAUAUGAGCGAGCCCAAUCGCAGUACGAGCCAACUCCAUCGCUGUUUCCACCCGGUGGCGUGGAUGCACUGCUGAGCACCUCGGCUCCAGUCGGAGACUCUCUGUUGUCGGCUGCUACAGCGCCAAGCUCGCCCGUGGGUGACAGCAGCAAAUCCCUCUAUGAUCAACAAAAGGCCGCGAGCCGAGAGACAGCGAUUGAGAGACCUGAUGCACCACAGUUUUUCAGGUGGUUCGUAACACCCGUAGAGAACUUGGACAUUAAGACAUCGAGUGAUGUUCUGACCAACGUCGCAGCCGCUGCAGCAACAGCAGCCGCAACCGCUGCAACUGCAGAGCCAGUGCCGGAUGAGGGUGACGACUUUGAGAAGUUGAAAGCAGCCCGAGAAAAAGAAAAAUUAAAACGACAGCAAAUAAACUUGGCACGCACCAUUAGCACUGCACCUGGCGUGGAUCCCAGUGGCGUUUCUCUAGUGCCUGUUGUGCCGGUUGCUGUACCAAUCGCAGCAGUUGCACCUCAAGCUCAAGCACAAGCUACUGCGCUGCCGACAAAUGCUUCCAGCGCUGAUUUACUCUCUGGAAAUGAUCCAGUCAGCAGUUCGACGAUCAAAUCGGAGGAUGUAGCUCCGGGCAGCUGAGCUAGCCAUCCCGGCCCAUAGUAUUCAGACAUACUCAUUCAAUGUGUGUGAUCCAGCAUAUUAAUGUACGUUUUCAACAUAAAACUAGCUAGCGUAACUGAAUAGAGAUUAAGUCAUGUUAACCUACUAUAUUACAUAUUCAAUACAUUAGUCUGCAUAGUGACGGACCCAGCUGAGGAAUUUUCAAAAUAUGAAGCUCGAACUUGAGUGAGAAUGGACCUACAAUUUAAUGUAUUUUAUGCAAAUACAAAGUAAUUAACAUUAAGGGAAAAGUGAUUUGAAUCUUUAAAUAAACUAAGUUUUUCUAA